AUGUUUGGAUCAAAGGCAUUCUUCACGGCGCUCGUUUUGCUGCACGUUGUCCAGUUUUCCGAUGGAAAAACCUGGUGGAAACGCCAUGAUGGCUUUUGUAAUAGAAAAUCUAGCAAUUGUGGUGCUGAGUGCAACGUUAACUCGGAUUGCCAAGAUGGUGAGUGUUGGAAAGACAAGGACGACUGCGUCGCAAAAGGCCAUUGUAAUGCGAAAUCUAACAAUUGUGGUGACGAAUGCAGUUUAAAAAUGGAUUGUCCAGGUGGCGAUUGCUGGGCCGACCAGGACGACUGCGGCACAUCAUCAGGCUAUUGUAAUGCAGCAUCUAUGAACUGUGGUGCCUGGUGUAAUUCAGUCAAUGCUUUUUGUCCCGGUGGCGAAUGCUGGAAAGAAAGGGAGGACUGCGGCGGCACCCCCACAGGAGAUCACAUUGUCGGAACAUACAUCGGGGCGUUGCCGGGAGGAACAUAUGCUCCUUCACUGUCCUCUGUACCGAGCGAGGUGAAUUAUAUGUUACUGGGUUUCGCUAAAGAUCCGUCAUAUACGGGCAAAUUUGUGGCAUUUUCUGAGUGGGGACGCUUGGGUAUUACCUACAAUAGCAUCACUAGCGACAAAGCGGCGAAUCCAGGCAGAAAGUAUAUGAUCUCCAUUGGUGGAUCAGCAAACUUUGGAGGAACGUUCGGUAUUUCCGGCGGUAUGAGCUUCUCCCAGUGGGUAGACAAUGCAGAUAAUUCUAUUUCCGGUAUAGUUAACAGUUAUAAUGCGGAUGGCGUCGAUAUCCAGGUAAGUAUUUUUUAGUCAUUUUGUUCAUUUUUGAUUCCACAGUCACCCUGCCGGCAGAGCCUUUUGUUUGCUUGCAUGUUCGAGUUUUCCCUUCUCUUGAGACUCUUGAGCGCGCGCGGCAUGUUGCUUGAAUACGGUUUCCAACUCAGGUCUAAUAAUCGCGUGCUUGCCACAGCAGGCUCAUUUAUGAACAUGGGUUUCUCAAUAAACGGAUACUCUCACUCCAAAAAACCAGUUUGAUGAGUCAACCUGCUCGUAUGUACCCCAUGAAUUAACAGGCUUUUUGUUGUUUACAAACCUUGAUUCUUGCUCAAAAGCUACUCUUGACUGUAUUUAAACAAGGUAACCUGCUCGUGAUUACUGACGUAAAAAAGACCACACGAGCAACCAAAUUCGGCAAGGAACUCAGUGUCAAGGAAAACUUGCUCAUAGUAAGGAGUUUUAAUUUUGUCUUUUCUAUCUUAGUUUGAAGGCGGAACGUCAGACCCCGAUUUCUCCACGGCAAUCACACAGCUUGCACAACGUUUCAAAGCCCGAGGCUUUUUAGUUUCAGUCGGACCUUUCCGCGGCUACGAUGGAACAUGGAAUGACUACAUCAGCCUGCCGUUGAACGACGUCGACUAUGUAUUUUGUCAGUUCUAUGCCAACGACUUGCAGUCAGUGGAUAGCGUGGUGAGAGACAUAACAAGUGCGGCAAUGGAGCUGGGUAGUUGGGAGAAGCUUAUUGUCGGAUUUAACUCCAACAACAGAAUACCUAGCCCCUCCACAGCAUUGCAAGCCGUCUAUCAACUCAAAAGCUCUCUCAAGGGAACAUUCACAUGGAGUGCUGAAGAUUCUCAGUCUAACUCGCCUCCAUAUUGCAUUGAGAAAAACUCCGCAAACAUUUUGAACAACAACCAGCAGCCUGGGUCAUGUAAUUGGUAA